UAUUGCUGUUUCCAACACUCUUAAUAAUUAACUCAAACCCCGUUUUGCAAGAACCAAGUUAGUUCUAACACAUAUAUAUAUCCUUCUUAUUAUUGAUCAAGAUAUGGCACCCCAUGGAGAGUCUUUGGCAAGCUCUUUCUCUAGGAAAAGCAACAUGCCAACAUCAUCAAAGCCACCAAAGCUUUCAUCAGAGAACCUUAAACGAACGGUCUCAGACAUCUCUUUCGAGCUGGCAAAAGAAGAGAUCGAUGAUCAUUUGAAGCUGCCAGCAAUAUCCGAGGUCGAGAAUGCAAAUUGUGAGUGCUGUGGUAUGUGCGAGGAGUGCACACCGGAAUACAUUGACCGUGUGCGCGAGAAGUUCAACGGGAAGUGGGUGUGUGGAUUGUGUGCUGAGGCAGUAAAGGAAGAGUUGGAGAAAAAUGGAGGGAAAAAGGAGGAAGCUGUGAGUGCACACAUGAGUGCAUGUGUUAAGUUCAACAAAUAUGGUAGGGCUUUCCCGGUUCUGUUCCAAGCACAAGCCAUGAAAGAGAUGCUGAAAAAGAAUACCCUAGAUGGUAGAAGGGCUAAGUCUAUUAGCCCUAGGGACAAAGGAGGUGCAAAGAAAGGAGGGAUUUCUCGUAGCUCAAGUUGCAUUCCAGCAAUCACAAGAGAGAUCAAUGAUAUCAAAAUAGCCAAUUAACAAUAGUGGUUUUUUUACUACAAUACAAGUGAUGCAAGCUUUUUUCGUGUAUUAGUGCUUAAUUUAACUCGUGUAAAGAACAUGGUUUAAUUCUGUAUCUUUAAUUAGUUAGCUGUUUCCUUAAUUUUUAUCGGCUGACUACACUAGCUAGGACUUGGAUUAAAUAUUCUGCUGCAAUUAUUAAGAACCCCACAGGCUUCUUGUUCAUCUGGUUUACAAAUGCUACCAUUGCUGUCUUUCGGGAUAAAAUAGUGGCCUUAUGUCGAAGAAGACCGAAGUUGACUUCUGAGGUUUUUUGGGUUAUAUAGUAACCUUUCACUCCUUCUUGGAGGGUGGUUUCUUCUGAGAUAUUGUUUGCAUUUCCUUAACUAGAGAGAGGGUUCUUCUAUGUUUUUGUUUAGUGUUUUUUUUUUAUGUUUAUUUUGUAAUUUUGUGAGAUGUAUUCUACCAUAUUACUAAUCAUAAAGUGGAAUAAAGUUUACUUGAUGCUCUGAA